GGCCGAGGCGCGGUGAGGGCGGAAGUUCCGCGCUUCGAAAGAGGGACUUCAGAUACCUACCAUUUUGGCUGACCACGUCAGUAAGGUGCUUAUGCGCUUGCCUAGUCCUUCAUUCUUCAUGAUAUUUUGAUAAAGGAGCUAUGCCUGUUCAAUUGCUGAAGAUCGUUAAAGGAAAACCUGAGACUCCACUACCAAGCCAUUUGCAGAAGGAAGAUUUUAAACAUUUGCAAGAAGGCUUUGACCAUACCAACAAAUACUUUGAGGGGAUAGUUGUUGUUUCCUACCCAUUAACAAAACUUGGAGAUGGGACAGACUUUUUCAAGGUUGUUCUUCAAGAUAUGGAUGACUUCUAUUCACGGAUCAACAGCAUAAAUAUCUUAAUAUAUGGAAAAAUGGCAGAGGACUGUGCAAAAGUUACACGCAGUGGGGACACCUUUGUGGUUGCAGGAUUUAAAUUGGAAAAAUCACCUACAGCAAGAGAGGAUGGUAGACAUGAUUGCCACUUGAAGCUGUCAGAAGAAGCUGGAUCAACCAUUUUUAUUUAUACUACCUCAAAAAAACCUGCUGCUUCAAAAACUGCAUCUUUGUCUGUUGCACCGAAGUACCUGUAUACUCCUUUGAAUGAUCUUAAAGAUGGAACUGUAGUGAAUUUGUAUGGCAUUGUGAAAUUCUUUAAGCCUCCAUAUGUAAGCAAAGGAACUGAUUAUUGCUCAGUUGUAACACUUGUAGACCCAUCAAACGUCAAGUUAACGUGCACUCUCUUUAAUGGAAAUCUAGAUGCCCUACCAAAAAUUUACAAAGUUGGAGAUAUUGUUCGAUUUCAUAGAAUAAAGAUCAGGGAAUACAAUGGACAAAUGCAGGGAAUUACUAGUGGUGGAUUUUCAUCUUUGACAUUUGAUGGAACUGUAGGAGCUCCAGUAGUUCCUCGAACCUCCAGCAAAGUGUACACUUUCAUGGAUGAAGAACAGAAAGUAAUAGAAGAGUUACGUGCUUGGGCAGCCAGUAAUCUUUCUAUUCCUGGACCAGCUGCAAAAUUGUCUGGUGUUCAGCCAAUGCUGUUCUUUGAUCUCACUUGCCAGCUGGUAGGAAAAGCAAAAGUGGAUGGAUCUUCUUUUCUUCUAAAGGUAUGGGAUGGCACAAAAUGUCCCUACCCAACAUGGAAGGUACCAGUGGAAGCAAGAGACAUGGAAGGAGAUAAAGUUCAUCUUUAUCAGCUGCGAAAACUGACAGUGGACAUUCUUGUCUAUGAUAACCAUGUCCAACUGGCAAAAUCAUUUCAGAUUGGAAGUUUUCUGAGAAUUUACAGUAUUCAUGCAAAACAAGUAAGUGCUCACCAAGAUGUCUCACAUUUAGAAUUUCAUCUUCAUGGUGGCACCUGCUAUGGUCGAGGAAUAGGAGUCUUACCAGAAAGUAACCCAGAUGUUAAAGAACUAAAAGCAUUCUUAGAAUCUGUGGAUCUGGCAGACACUCAGAAUAAUGAAAGCAUGUCUUCACUGGAAUUAGACAGCACUUUUAACAAUCUUACAGAUCAUGAAUUAGACUUAGAGAGAUGUCAGCAGUUAUCCGUGACAGUAUUGACAGAUCAUCAGGAUUUGAGUAACACAGACCUGAAAACCAUUCUGAACAGCACAGCUCCUCAACAGUAUCGCAUUAGAGCAAAGCUGAGAACUUAUAAACCCCAGAAGCUCUAUCAGUCUGUUAAACUUCAUUGCUCCAAAUGCAACUCUUUGAGUGAAGUUCCAGAUGGAGAUAACUUUGACUUGAUUUUACAAGGCUCUGCCAUUACUGCCCCAAACCUAGAACUUCACAAUACGUCCUGGUAUGAUUCUGUCAUGUGGACUACACAAGACCAGAAGCAAAGGAAAAUAGCUAUCCAUUUUGUAAAGCAUGAUGAAAUGCUUCAACAGCCUGAAGAUACUUUGCUUAUGAUAGAGGGUGGAACACUAAAGGAAAUCUGGAAGCUUACAAAAAGAUUUAAAUGUGUUAUUCCUGUGAGGUCCACAGACAACAACCUUGAACUAUUAGAUCUUUCAGUCCCUUUUCUUGUACAAGGGGGAACAAAAUAUUAUGGGUGCAAACAGUGUUCAAGUCCAAAGCCUAUGAAGAGUCUGAGUUCCAUUGCAGCAAAGCAGGAACCAUCAUGGGAACCAACUGAAAUAGCACAAGUUUUAGGUAUUGAGCCACUCCAGUAUGUUUUUAUAAUGAAGUUUACACUAGUUGAUGGAACAGGAGCACUAAAUGCAUACCUUUUUGAUUAUGAGAAGUUUUUCCAAAUUCCUGCCUCUGAAAUCUUAACUAAUAGUUUUCUUCAGGAAAAGAUGCAGAUGACCAUGAAUAUGCUCUGUCCUCCAGGAAGAAAAUUGGAUGACCUGCCAUGGCUGGAAUGCUUCAUCAGGUCCUAUAAUGUCAGAAAUGAGAUGAAACAUCAAGUUUGUUACCAAAUUUUCGACACUACAAUUGCUGAAGAUGUUGUAUAAUGAUUUGCUGCUAAUAGGACGCAAUUCAGUAAGAAUCCAGGUUGGGUUUUCUGUCUUGCAUUAAACUGCAUAAAAUAAUCUUUGUUCCUUUCUGAGGAAGUCAAUCUGUAUGUAUGAAGUUUUAGUUUGUUUAUUGAUACAAAUGGGAAUUAUGCUUUGAUGUAUUUACAACUUUCCUACUGUACAACCUUAUGAUCUGAAAUGCAAGUGGAGGUGCUGAGCUGUUCACUGGAGGCUGCUGGGCUCAGGCUGAUGAAAGCAGGCUAGUGUCCAUCUGUCUGUCAUAAAGGAAGUGAUCAAGUUACUCUAAACAAGUGAGUUUUACUUAGAAUUAUAGUCAGAAUGGUGCUGCUUCUGUACUAAAAUAAAUGCCAGCAGAGAUAGGGGAAAAAGAGGUCUUAAGUAAGUUUUCUCUCAGUCUAUUCUGUGCAAGCAGAUGUUGCUGUUCUCAGUAAGCCAGUUUUAACAAGGAGGUUGUUCACUUUUAGAGAUUCCUUUGAUUCUGCACUGAUAUUUAUUCACAUGUAUACAGAACUCUUCCUGUUAAUUAUGCUAAGAUAACUGCUGUGUAUACCAGUUACUAUAGAUUUUGAUGGAAUUGAGAAUGGGACCAUGUAAUGAUUAUCAUCAAAAUUAAAGUCAAGCCAUGGAAGUAGGGUAGUGUAAAAUUAAUAUUGGCAUUUGCUAGACCAUAGUUAAUAUUAUUGUGUACCUUGAGUACCAAAUUGUUAGCAUGCUUAUUAGCUGGGUCAGUGUUUUCUAAAUCUUUCCUAUAUCUGGGUAAAUUCACUGUCAUAUUACACUGCCCAGAUCUGCAUUUUCUGUCUUGCAUUAUCAGGUUCUAUGACUGAAUAUAGGGAUACAGAACUAAUCUAGUGAUAUCAUGGCUUGGAAAUACUGCUGGACUAGAAAAACUGCUCUGGUUUUACUUUGCAUUCAGAAAUCUAUAGGACAAAUUCAGGACAUGUUUCUUCAGAGCAAAAUUACUUCAUAUUUACAACAGCUGUCAUUUAAGCAAGUUCAGAAGUAAGAUGCAGUACUUGUAAGUAGAUUAUUAUUAUUUUUAUGGUAGGUGGCAUUUUUCAAUUUUUCAGGGCUGUUUACUAGUAGAUUAUGCAAUUCAUCAUUUAAAAUUUCAUCUAAAUGUCCUCUGCUAAUUUUCUCGUACUCUGAAAUAUUAUACUGGUUUUAUAUGUCAUAAACCAGGUAAUAUGGUUUCUAGUGAUUCAUAUAUAGGAAGAACCAAUAUGAAAAGUGGCUUGUGGAUAUUUCAUUUAAAAAGCUGGGAAAAACCCACAGCUUCGGAAUUGAACAAGCAGUUUACAAAAUAGCAGCACUGGCUUACAAAUGCUUGCCUGAAUCUGUGAAUAAACACAUAAAUAUAGUUAUAACAAGUUAUUAAAAUGAUAUAUCAUUUUAGAUGCUGGCUAUAUUCUGAAUUAUUUCAGAAGGUAGGAGUUAAAUUGAAGUCAGUCCUUUUUUUACUUUUCUUGUAUAUAGUGUAUGAAAACAUUGGGAGGAAAUGCUUUUAUUUUUAGAUUUUUGCUUACAACUCUGAUAUGUAGGUGUACAUUUUUUCUAAAUAACUCUUUGUAAAGUAAUAAGAAUGUUUCAAACAUUGAUGUAAACUAAAUCAGUUUCAUCACAUCCCUUGUCUAAGAUCUCUUCCAGAAAAUUCUGUAUAUAUAUAACUUGAUCAUUUAACUGUUGAAUAUUGUAUUAAAAUGCUUAAUAAAGAUUUUCAAAUAUUUUCUUAUACUUAACUUUUAAUUAACUUGUUCAUAAGACUGUGAAAACUUUGUUAUCAGUAG